AUGAACUUUCGGCAGCAUCUUCUCCAAUUGAUCCCUACAUUGGAGAAUCGAGGUAUCUCUUGUGAAUUGGUAGAGCUUUUUGAACCUAUAUUACGACUACAAUGGCAAAUAAAACCAUACAAUGAUGAAAAGAAUUCCCUUGUCGAAGAGGAAAGUGAGAUGAUUUAUGUGUCGCCUGAUUUAUCGGUUGAAGCUUGGAUUCGCUUUUCGCCUUCCUACCAAGUUCCUCAAUUUUUCUUCCAGUUAUAUUUUGAUGGCUGCGUCCCUUUCACUAAACUUGAAGACAUAGAAGCUCUGAUCCUCCCAGAAAAUCGAGGCCUGGCUUCAGAAGCUUUGGCAAUAGGUGAUUGUCCUGCUUCAAAUGGUAUUUCCUGGUACGUCCAUCCAUGCUGUACCCAGAAAUUUUUCUAUACAGCAGAAAUCUCAAAACAGGAUGCUUCUUACCUGCCAAUAUGGAUCCUGUAUAUCCACCAAUUGCUCUCUCCGAUUACCAUGCCUAUGAUAGAAGCGCUUGACGGUAACCCCUCUUGA